UCAGAGUGGCACAAACUGGAGGUGGGGAUAAUUACGGGUUGUACCAUCUCUGUGAUCCUGUUUGCAGUGGCUAUGAAUAUGAUUGUCAAAUCGGCAGAGCCUGAGUGCCGGGGGCCCCAGAGUAGAGGAGGGGUCCGACAACCGCCGAUUAGAGCAUUUAUGGAUGAUCUGACGGUCACCACACAAUCGGUGCCAGGAGGCAGGUGGAUACUCCAAGGGCUGGAAAAGCUCAUUCGGUGGGCUCAGAUGGAGUUUAAACCAGCCAAGUCCCGUUCGCUAGUGCUGAAGAAGGGCAAGGUUACGGACAGGUUUCAUUUCAGUAUAGGAGGGGCAAAGAUACCAUCAUUGUCAGAACAGCCGGUGAAAAGCCUGGGCAAGGUUUUUGACAGCAGCCUCAGAGACUUCGCAUCAGUCCAGGCAACCUGCCAGGAGCUGGAUAGCUGGUUAAGAGCAACAGACCGUUCUGGCCUCCCCGGCAAGUUUAAAGCGUGGAUGUACCAACAUGGUAUACUGCCAAGAAUACUCUGGCCGUUACUUGUGUAUGAGGUUCCAAAUUCUACGGUAGAGACCUUGGAGAGAAAGGUCAGCAGUUGCCUCAGGAGAUGGUUAGGGUUGCCUAGGAGUCUCAGUAGUAUAGCCCUCUAUGGAAACACCACAAUGCUCCAGUUGCCCCUGAAAUCCUUGGAAGAGGAGUUUAAAGUGACUCAGGCACGUGAGGUGCUGAUGUAUAGAGACUCCGACAACCCAAAGGUGGUUCAGGCAGGAGUGUUGGUGAGGACAGGGAGGAAAUGGAGCGCUCAAGCCGCUGUGCUGGAUGCACAGGCUCGUUUGAGGCAUAAAGAGCUUGUGGGAGUGGUGGCACGAGGUAGAGCAGGCUUGGGGAUGUGUCCAACACCGCCUCGGCGUAGAAAGCGGAAGGGGAAGGAGGAACGUAGCUGUAUAUAUGAAGAGGUUAGAACUGCUGUGGAUGAAGGAAGGACUAGCAGAGCAGCCGGAAUGGGACAGCAGGGAGCCUGGACCAGGUGGGAGCAGGCCAUGGACCGCAAGGUUACCUGGACGGAGCUCUGGCAAAGUGAGCCGCACCGUAUAGCAUUCCUGAUUCGAGCAGUGUAUGACGUCCUGCCUAGUCCAGCAAACCUCUGCAUGUGGGGAAAAGCAGACAUACCAACUUGCCAUUUGUGCCCAGCUUGUGGGACGCUGGAGCACAUUCUGAGCUCCUGCCCAACAGCGCUCGGCCAGGGUCGUUACACUUGGCGUCAUAACCAGGUGCUGAAAGUUAUUGCAGACACCAUCAGCAAAGAGAUCAGUAAAGACGUCUGA